AUGCAACCCAAACCGAUACUAGUGAAGACACAAAAUGAACCGAAAAAAAAUGUAAUAAAUGCACCUAGCAGAGUCGUCAGUAGACCAGAUAAUCUUGAAGGUGGUGAAGAAACAGAAAUAGCAGCUCAGAUACAUGUUCCACAAGAUGGUGGCUGGGGUUGGGUCGUUGUUUUUGCAGCUUUUUUUUGUGUUUUUAUACUGGAUGGAAUAACCUUUACUUUCGGAAGCUUAUUAAAUGAUAUUUCCAAGGAUUUAAGUGUUGCAUCAUCUUUAAUUGCGUUGGUGAACUCUAUAGCUAUAGCAAUUUAUUUUAUUGCUGGACCUUUAGCAUCGGCAUUAAUAAAUCGUUUUGGAUUUAGAACAUGUGUAAUGUCAGGAUCUAUUUUAAGUUCAGUCUCCUUAUUUAUUGCUUAUUUUGCCAAUAAUUAUACAUCUUUUUGUUUGUUUUAUGGAGUCUUUGCAGGCUUCGGUUUUUGUUUAGUAAAUAUGGCAUCUGGACUGGUUGUUGGAUUUUAUUUUGAAAAAUUUCGUACUUUAGCUUUAUCAAUAGCUACAAGUGGGUCCAGUCUGGGAAUUAUGUUACUUUUUCCUCUGAACACAUAUUUAGUAAAUCUUGCGGGUUGGCGUACAACGACAUUGUUGCAUUCUGGUUUGAUUGGUGUUACAUAUUUUUUAGGAAUGACUUUUCAGCCAUUGUUGUCAUUUACCGUUGUUAAAACAACAGAAGAUCCUACACGCACCGUUACCUAUUUGCCCAAUUUAUCAGCUGCUGCAAUGAAAGCAACAGUGUCGCGUACUAAUGCCGAUGACCUGGUACCUACAAAAACGGAGAGAUUAUUUGGAGCCGUAUCAAAUUUAAACUUUCCUACAGCUGCUGCUGUCGUAGAAGAUGGUGCAACUCCAUCCAGUACACAACCGGGUACAUCUACUGGGCCGAUAUCUAAACUUACAUUAACAGCCAACGCACCUCACGGAGGCAUAUCUCAGAGACAAUUAAAACAAGUAAAAUCAAUAAUUUCAAGAUCUAGUGUUCAAGAUAAAACGAAAAAGGCUAUUGAAAUCACAGUUAACGUGGAACCACCUAAGAAAACUAGUUGCUGGGGGCGCUUAUGUCGUUGGGAAGAAGAAGUACCUCAAUCUCGUCCUAUGUAUCGGGACGAUGCGUUUUACGAAGGAAAAUUAGAAAAACUCCCUGCUUAUCAAAAAAGUAAGAUUGCUACCGACCAAUCGAAAACGGGUCUAGAGUACCAACUAGCUGUGUCUAGAGCAGCUACCACGGCUGAUUUGGGUGAAAAAAGAGGCAUUUUUACUACUGCUGUCCGAAGAGUGCUUGCUACAAUGAUGGAUCCAAAACUUUUGAGAAAAAAAUCGUUUUUGAGCUUAUGUUGCGCAGGUUUAAUGAUAUACGUGGGAUAUAUGGUUCCGUAUGUUUUUAUAAAACCAAGAAAUGUUUUGGCUGGCUUAGAUAAAGAUCAUUGUACUAUGAUGGUGAGUUCGAUAGGAUUUGCCAAUUUUGUAGGAAGAUUAAUUCUGGGAGGAGUCGCAUUUAAAGUGAGUCCCCUAAAGGUGUAUGUAUUUGCAAUGCUUGUGUCAGGUGUCGUAACAAUCUUGUCAGAUUUAUCAUUUAAUUUAUACUUCCAAUACGUGUAUUGUUUCGUCUUUGGUUUUUUUGUGGCCAGUGCCGCUUCGUUAAGGAGUCUGGUUAUAGUAUCUUUAUAUGGAUUGGACAACUUAACAAAUGCAACAGGAAUUAUAAUGUUAUUUCAAGGCUUCGGUAGUUUAGUUAGUACGCCUGCAGCCAGCAUACUUAUUGACACAUAUGGAUAUUCAGUGGCGUUUUACGUGUCUGGAUUAUUUAUAACAGUUGGUGGUCUUAUAUUGAUACCGAUUUCAAGAUUGGCAAUCAGAGAGCAAAAAUUAAAUACUCCGUCGGAAAGAAGAGCAUCAAGUGAUAGGAAAUAA